ACUUGAUCGUCCCACGCCCCGUCCGAUCAGCAAUUUUUGACCGUAGCUUCACACCUUUCGGCCGGUCGAUGCUAACCACCAAUUCACCACUGCAGAAUCCCACCCCCGAGUACUGGCGACGGCCGAAAACUGCGCAUAAUCAUGGCCGCUCGCUCAACAGUCCUUCGCGCAGCUUCACGAACAUUACGAACCUCGAGACACUCUAAUUGCUCUUCUUUCGCUUCUCCGUCUCGACAUGCAAGACUAUUCACCACAACGAUACACAACCGACGACCCGAACUCUCCGGCAACAAUGACACCAACAGUAAGAUCAACAGAGACGGAACAACGCACUUUGGCUUCCAGGACGGCUUUUCCGAGUCCGAGAAGACGGAGCGAGUAGCCGGUGUCUUUCACAGUGUAGCCGAGUCCUACGACCGCAUGAACGACCUGAUGUCCUUCGGCUGGCAUCGAGUCUGGAAGGACCACUUCGUCUCAUCCCUCAACCCGGGCCUCUCCUCCAGCAUCCCCCCCAAACCCCAACGCAUCCUCGACAUCGCCGGCGGCACAGGCGACAUCGCCUUCCGGAUGCUUCAUCACGCACACACCCUCAACGCGAACCCCGGGGUCCACGUAACCAUCUCCGACAUAAACCCCUCCAUGCUCGCAGUCGGCAAAUCGCGCUCCUCCAGCCUCCCCGCCUCCCAACAAUCCAACCUCUCCUUCCUCGAAGCCGACGCCACCGCUCUCCCCCCAACCAUCGCCCCCAACUCCAUCGACCUAUACACCGUCGCCUUCGGCAUCCGCAACUUCAGCAACAUCCCCGCAGCCCUGCGGGAAGCGUACCGCGUGCUGAAACCCGGCGGCGUAUUCGCCUGUCUCGAGUUCAGCAAGGUGCAGUCCUCGCUCUUCGACGCCGUCUACAAGCGAUGGAGCUUCAGCGCCAUUCCCCUGAUCGGCCAGCUCGUCGCCGGCGACCGCGAUUCCUACCAAUACCUAGUCGAGAGCAUCGAGCGCUUCCCGUCGCAGGAGCAGUUCCGCGAUAUGAUCAAGGACGCCGGCUUCGUUGUUGGCGGCGAGGGGUUUGAGAACUUGACUGGUGGUGUUGCUGCUAUACAUAAGGGGAUGAAGCCGCUAUGAUUUGGUCUCUAGUCUUCCUAUUAUGUACACAGAUAGGCUUAAGAGCCGCCGAUAAAAAGGAGAAGGGAAAGGGUAAAGGGGAGAGGCUUGUAUAUCACACUACCUAUAUUAUCCGUUCGCCCUCGAUGGCACCGGGGCCAUAGACAAAAGGAAGAGAAAAGGGACCGGGGGGGGGGAUCUGGUCCUAGUCUUUGAGAAUACUCAUUGUACCAUAGUAACUAGAGUAGAUCUGGUGCGGCUCGUUCCGCAUAACUCUCCCCUAAUAAGAACUUGCAUAUAGCCAAGGCAUGCAGAAGCUAUGAA